AUGCGGUGCGCGAGCAAGGCCGCCGAGAGCGCGUCCGCACGUCUCUGUGCGGACGCCGAAGCAGAAACCACAGCAACUAAUGUCUCAUCGGUUGCUGCAGCGACUCAGCCUGUGUCACUUGGUGAUGCAGGCGCUAGUCAUGAAGACACUCAUGUCUUCACAGAGUAUGAGCUCGGUGUCUCAUACUCUCCUGAUGCGGAAGAGGGGUCCGUAUCGACGGCGAUCGAAACCAAGCCGCCUGCCAAGCGUGGCAUGGAUGAUACUAUGCGUCGUAGCAUCUUUGGUUCAUCUGAUGAAUCAGGUGAACCAUCUCCGAAGCGAAGGCGCUCGAGGUCGCAAGACGCGGGCGCUCACAGUGUUGUCGGUUCUCCUAUGGACACCACUACGCAACGAGGUGCCAGUUCUUCUGCCGGCACAUAG